CCAGCAGCCUCCACUUGCUCCACUCCCCUCCCGCCGCCGGGCGAGCCGCCGCGCGUCGGCUCCCCGUCGCCCUCAGCCCGCGGGCAGGGGGCGAGGGCCCCGCUCGUCAGGCGGCCAUGCGCGCCCUUCGCGCCCGCUUCCUCCCGCGUUUGCUACCGCGGCGGCAGUGUCAGUGGGAGGAGGGAGGACCACGUCGAGCGCCGGAGGAGCGAGGAGUAGUAGAGGCAGCGGCGAGGUCGCUGUGGUGGUGGUGGUGGUGCGCCGGCGGUAGGAGGUGGUUCUCGGCCGCGGAGAUGGAGAGCACGCUCAAGGGGAUACGGGGCUGCGACGCGCCCUCCGUGCUGGACAUGGACGACGCUGCCACCGUGGCCGGCGGCGUCGGGGACACCUACGGCGAGGACUGCGCCACCGAGGACCAGCUCGUCACGCCCUGGACCGUCUCCGUCGCCAGUGGUUACAAUUUGAUGAGGGAUCCCCGCUACAACAAGGGCCUUGCUUUCACAGAGAGGGAGCGGGAGACACACUACCUCCGUGGCCUUCUGCCACCAGCAAUCGUAUCCCAGGAGCUCCAGGAGAGGAAGAUCAUGAAUAAUAUCAGACAAUACCAGGUGCCUUUGCAGCGUUACGUGGCUAUGAUGGACCUCCAGGAGAGGAAUGAGAGGCUUUUCUACAAGCUCCUCAUUGACAAUGUUGAGGAAUUACUUCCUGUAGUGUACACACCAACUGUUGGCGAAGCUUGCCAAAAGUAUGGUUCCAUAUUUAGUCGUUCUCAGGGUCUUUAUAUCAGCUUGAAGGAGAAGGGAAAGAUCCUUGAGGUUCUCAAGAACUGGCCAGAGAGGAGCAUUCAAGUUAUUGUUGUUACUGACGGUGAACGGAUUUUGGGACUUGGAGAUCUUGGAUGCCAGGGAAUGGGGAUACCUGUUGGCAAGCUUGCCCUUUACACUGCCCUGGGAGGAGUUCGUCCAUCCGCUUGCUUGCCUAUCACACUGGACGUCGGCACAAAUAAUGAGCAGCUGCUUAAUGACGAGUUUUACAUUGGCCUGAGGCAAAGAAGGGCCACGGGUCAGGAGUAUGCUGAUUUUCUUCAAGAAUUUAUGACCGCUGUGAAGCAAAACUAUGGGGAGAAAGUACUCAUUCAGUUUGAGGAUUUUGCCAACCAUAAUGCUUUUGAGCUCCUUGCAAGAUAUGGCACAACUCACCUUGUAUUCAAUGAUGAUAUCCAGGGAACCGCUUCUGUGGUUCUUGCUGGGCUUAUUGCAGCACAAAAGUUGCUUGGUGGAACAUUGGCAGAUCAUACUUUCCUAUUCCUGGGUGCUGGAGAGGCUGGGACAGGUAUUGCAGAACUUAUAGCCCUUGAGAUAUCGAGACAGACAAAAGCUCCUCUAGAGGAAUGUCGCAAGAAAAUCUGGCUUGUUGAUUCAAAGGGCUUAAUUGUCAGUUCAAGAAAGGAGUCCCUUCAACACUUCAAGAAACCAUGGGCUCAUGAGCAUGAAACAGUUGGCAACCUCUUAGAUGCUGUCAAUGCUAUCAAACCAACAGUGCUUAUUGGCACAUCUGGAAAGGGGCAAACGUUCACACAGGACGUUAUUGAAGCCAUCUCCUCAUUUAAUGAGAGACCAAUCAUUCUUUCCCUGUCCAACCCAACGUCGCAGUCUGAAUGCACUGCUGAACAAGCUUACACAUGGAGUAAGGGUCGGGCAGUGUUUGCAACUGGGAGUCCUUUUGAUCCAGUGGAGUACGAUGGCAAGAUACAUGUUCCCGGACAGGCAAACAAUGCCUAUAUCUUCCCAGGGUUUGGCCUUGGUGUGGUGAUGUCUGGGGCAAUUCGUGUUCACGAUGACAUGCUUUUGGCAGCCUCGGAGGCUCUUGCUCAGCAGGUCUCAGAAGAGAACUUUGAAAAGGGGCUCAUCUAUCCUCCCUUCUCAAACAUCAGGAAGAUCUCUGCCCACAUUGCAGCCAACGUUGCAGCUAAGGCUUAUGAACUUGGUUUGGCAAGUAGGCGCCCUAGGCCCAAGGACCUGGUGAAAUAUGCAGAGAGCUGCAUGUACAGCCCCGUUUACCGCAACUACCGCUGAAUUAAAACCAAUUCCAGUUAUGUACAACCAUUAGCCAUGUUGCAGCAACCGCCAAAUUUCCUAAGAACACCAGUACUUGAUUAAAAUCCUCCAUGAUGUAAUGAGGCUCUCUCUACCAGAGUAGUUUAUGUCCUGUUCUCCCCCUAUGUGUUCUGCAGUGUUUUUCUUUGUGAUGCAAUGUAAAAUGCUUCCGGUGAGGCUUGUGUAUCCUAGUCAUGGAAUAAUAAAGUUGGAUCGACAGUUUCUCCCGCGGUA